AUGAACUAUCCACCAAGUUUUGUCCAUGAAUUCAUUCGGCGGCUUGAAUCAAGCUCUGCAGGAGGGUUGCGCCCGCCCAAUCGCGACAUUCCGAGCUACGAUUACCAUGACGCUUCUGAGCGAGAGCUGUUGGUGACCAACAGCCAACCUGAGAGUUUCCAACUUGGCACCGGGGCUUCCAUUUUUACCGAUAAACUGGUACCAACCAUUACGUCUGCCCGCCAUGAGGUCAUUCUCGUCACCUGCUUUUGGGCACCGUCCAAAACAUUAACGGCACUUCAUGACGCCCUCAGCAAGCUCGCAGAACACCGCCGCCUUCUCAUUGAAGGGGCACGAUCACAGGGCUCGGCAGCGAUUCCCCCGUUACAGGUUCGCAUAUGCCUGUCAUCCCGGUCUCUGUUCCAGAAAUUACUACACACACAAUCGUCCAAUGGUCAUGUCUACCUACCUUCGUCAUGGCAGAAGAAGCUCGGUUUGCCGGAGCCCGCGCUCCUCGAAGCGGGGGGUAUUCAGCUUCAAGUCAAGAGUCUAUUCUUCCUUCCGUUUAGCGUUAUGCAUCCAAAGUUUGUUAUCAUCGAUAGACAACGGGCACUUGUGCCAAGCUGCAACGUCAGCUGGGAGCCCUGGCUAGAGGGCUGCGUGGAGCUAAGAGGGAAUGCAGUCCAGGCGCUCUUCGCUUUCUACACCCGGACGUGGGGAGAACCUCUAGGUUUCCAACCGGCCUCGGGCGAAAAUGGCGAUACGAGCCACGCGACUUUCGACGGCCGCGCAGCAAACCUUACUUUGAUAUCCAGCACCGCCCACCAUCGCACAGACUUCCAGCCUCGGGAGCCGGUGCCAACACUCCUCCUCCCCUCCUCACACCACCGCAACCCACGUUUCCGCCCCUUCCCCUGGCAGACCUCACCCACUCCCCCCAGCACCCCUCUCAACACGGCGCUACUCCUUCUUUUCGAGCAAGCCCAACGGUCCAUCUACAUCCAAACUCCCAACAUCACCUGCGAGGCUGUCAUCACGGCCCUCCUCGGUGCCCUGGAGCGGGGUGUCGAUGUCACUGUCGUGACGAACCGCAACAUGAUGGUGCUCGAGCAGCUUGUUACGGCGGGCACCACCACCGCUUGGAGUCUCCGGUCCUUUAUCCGCCGCUUUGGCCAGCUCAAGGCCGCAGCGAUGGGUGGAACUAUUGUGAGGCACGGGGAGGGCGCUGCGGGACAUGGUGAUCUUGAAGCUGCGCGCGAGGUUGGUCAUCUUCGAAUCUCAUACUUCAGGGCCAAGGUGCAGCCUGCCCAGGGUGAGGGGUCAGCUGAAAGUGAAGAGCCGGUCCACUCGCAUUUGAAGCUGACGGUUGUCGAUUCUGAAUAUACGGUGCUUGGCUCAGGCAAUCUUGACCGUGCCAGCAUUUUUACUAGUCAGGAACUGGGCCUGAUGUUUUACGGGCAGGAGUUUUGUGCGGGGGUGAAAGCUGGUGUGGAUCGCGUUUUGGAGGGGAGGCUUGACUUGGUGUAUGACUCGGAUGAUGUUAGGGGUGGUUGA